GCAUCGCUGGCUUCACUCAAUGACAGAUGACCCUCCAACUACUCAUCCACCAGUUGCUCGUAAAUUUAUCUGGGAGAACCAUAUAUUCAAUCUUAGUGGCACUCCUGGACAGUAUGUACCUUACUCUACUACUCACAAGAAGAUACAAGAGUGGGUCCCACCUACGACAGCUAGCAAAUAAUAACAACAAAUGUGACUUGCCUCAGCUUUGGCUGUCGGUGUAAAUUGUAUUUUCACUGGUUUUGUUCAAAAUAAAAGCCUCCUAUA